CGGGCCGCGCCGGGCGGGAAGUGAGCUCAGGCGCACAGGAAAUCCCGCCCGCGCCGCGGCCUGUGUUUGCGCUGCGGGCAGAGAAAGGAGCGGAGCGCCUGCAGCGGCCCAGCCGAGCCUGCCGCACGCAACGGGGCCGAGCCAUGUCUGACCAGGAAGCAAAACCUUCAGCUGAGGACUUAGGAGAUAAGAAAGAAGGGGAAUACAUUAAACUUAAAGUCAUUGGGCAGGACAGCAGUGAAAUUCACUUCAAGGUGAAAAUGACAACACACCUCAAGAAACUCAAAGAAUCAUACUGUCAAAGACAGGGUGUUCCAAUGAAUUCACUCAGGUUCCUCUUCGAGGGUCAGAGAAUUACUGAUAAUCAUACCCCCAAGGAGCUGGGGAUGGAGGAGGAAGAUGUGAUUGAAGUUUAUCAGGAACAGACGGGGGGUCACUCAACAGUUUAGAUCCUUCUGUUUGUUUUCUUCCCCCUUAAUCCUUUUUUAUUUUUAAAUAAUAGUUCUUUUGUAAUGUGGUGUUCAACACUGAAUUGAAACUGGCACCCCAUCUCUGGGAGUUUUAUUUUCAAGCGUCUGGUAUUUUGAAUUCUCGUGCUCAUUAUACACUAUUGUUUGUUUUCAUUGUGCUGAACUUUUGUGAACCAGCUUCAGCCUUGCUUCCCUCUUCCCUUCUGCCCUCCCCCUUUAGAAAUACAUGUACACACAUGCAUUUGUAUGUUCACUGGGUUCGUGCAUUUCGGGCACGAAGGCUGUAAAAUCUGCCAGGUGGGCGAGUGUUCUUAAUGACUUCCAUAUCUGCCCUGAAGUUUUGAUGUGUGACUGUUUCACUCCUGGACUAUAACUUUCAGUGCGAGAUGAAGUUUUUCAGAGAACUAAACUGUGGAGAAAUUGUGUAUCCAUAACUCAGAGCUAUUUUGCUUAAAUUGUGCUGAUGGCCCAAUGAAGAAGAUUACCAAGUUGGAAACGGAAAAGCUAGAACUGUUGUCAUCUGUACCUUGCUCCAGAGAUGGCUUUGCUGAAGACAUAAAAUUGAAAACCCUAUGAUUCUUAAAUCUUGCCAGAAGAGCCCAGAAGCAUUUUAACUUCAUAUAGCAAUUAGUACACGCAGGUAUUCAUGCAAGAAUGUUCACAGCAGACAACUGGUGUUACUUUGACACUCUUGUUUGUACAUUUUGGCCUGGGACGUGGGUUUUGAAUGGACAUUGUCUGUACCAGCUUCAUUUAAAAUAAACAAGAAAAACAAUUUUAUAAACAA